ACUCCCACUCCCUCCCCCUCUCCUACAGGUGCUGUAACACCUGUGAGGAUGUGCGGGAGGCAUAUCGCCGUCGAGGCUGGGCCUUCAAGAACCCAGACACUAUUGAGCAGUGCCGGCGAGAGGGCUUCAGCCAGAAGAUGCAGGAGCAGAAGAAUGAGGGCUGCCAGGUUUAUGGCUUCUUGGAAGUCAACAAGGUGGCCGGAAACUUCCACUUUGCCCCCGGGAAGAGCUUCCAGCAGUCCCAUGUGCACGUACAUGCUGUGGAGAUCCACGACUUGCAGAGCUUCGGCCUUGACAACAUCAACAUGACCCACUACAUCCGGCACCUGUCAUUUGGGGAGGACUACCCGGGCAUUGUGAACCCCCUGGACCUCACCAACGUCACCGCACCUCAAGCCUCCAUGAUGUUCCAGUACUUUGUGAAGGUGGUACCCACAGUGUACAUGAAGCUCGAUGGCGAGGUGCUGAGGACAAACCAGUUCUCUGUGACCAGACAUGAGAAGGUUGCCAACGGGCUGCUGGGCGACCAGGGGCUUCCUGGAGUCUUCGUGCUCUACGAACUCUCGCCCAUGAUGGUGAAGCUGACAGAGAAGCACAGGUCUUUCACGCACUUCCUGACGGGCGUGUGCGCUAUCAUCGGGGGCAUGUUCACAGUGGCUGGACUCAUCGAUUCACUCAUCUACCACUCGGCGCGAGCCAUCCAGAAGAAAAUUGAUCUAGGGAAGACAACGUAGUUGGCCCCUGCCCCUGUUCCUUCUUCCUCCUGUUUCUCUGGCUUUGUGGUCAUUUUCCCAGCCUUCUCCCACCCCUGACUCGGAGAGUCCAGCACAACCCCAGGUUGAUAAAUCUAUUGGUUGUGAUAAUA